AUGAACACAUCAACCAGGUCCGCGACCGGGCGGCCUUUUUUCAGACUGUUAGGCAACGCAAAGCUGAAAUUGCUUGCAGUUUUUCUGACUGUAUCAACUAUUCUUUUGCUCACAUUGUACUCUGGCAAAAUGUCUGAAAUCACUAAGGUGGGGCUGAAAGAAGAUAUAUCAAACGAGAAAGACUAUUGGACAUGGGAAACGAGAACGCAAUUCCGGAACACGCCUCUCAAGAAGAACAACAAUAACCAACAAAGCGAAACCGCAUGCGAUACAUUCCCUUCGGACGUUCUAUCGCGCGUACAGAUUGUACUGAAAACCAGCGCCACCGAAAAUGCGAAUCGAGUGAACACACACCUGACCUCCGUAACCCGCUGCAUCUCGAAUCUCCUCGUGGUCUCAGACCUUGAAACUGAAGUCCUUGGCCAUCAGGUGUACGAUAUUCUGGCCGAUAUUCCGCUUUCCGCCCGCCAGAAGAUCCCUGAAUUCAGCGGACACAAUGCGCUACAAAACGGGACCAAAGGUAUUGACGGCGCAGCGGGGUGGAGACUAGAUCGAUUCAAGUUCCUGCCCAUGAUUGAACGUGCGAAGAAGCUGAAUCCCACUGCGGAGUGGUAUGUCUUCCUCGAGACGGAUACUUACUUUGUUUGGGAUAACUUGUUCCGCAUGCUGGAGCAGUUUGAUCCUUCGGUGCCUCUUUAUAUGGGCUCUCCUGCACCGGGCCGGGGUCUUGAAAAAGGAGGAGUGAUCUGGUUUGCCUACGGGGGCUCCGGCUUCGUACUUUCCAGAGCGGCAGUUGAUAAACUGAUGGCCCGGGACGGUGGCAGAUAUGGUCAAUUUGUUGGUCCAUCAGUCAGUGAUCAAUAUUUGCAGAUGGUUACCGACGAUUGCUGUGGUGACUCUGUUUUGGGCACUGCUCUAUAUGAGAAAGGCAUCAAGUUGUCAGGAAUGUGGCCCAUGUUCAAUGCGCAUCCGUUGCAUUCAAUUCCUUUCGGCAAUGAACACCACUGGUGUCAGCCUGUGAUUAGCAUGCACAAAUCACUCUUGGGCGAUAUGGAUGGACUGACCAAAUGGGAGAAUAGAAGGAAUCGAACGGAACCUCUACUCUACGCUGAUUUGAUCGACUACCACCAAAUAGGAGAUCUAUCAGAAAAGAAGGGUUGGGACAAUGGUGAUUGGGGCGGGACUAUUGAAGCUCCUGAUACUCUGCCCCAGCAUCAGUCAUUAGAAGCAUGCCGACAAGCAUGCCACGAGAAGGACUGGUGUAUGGCAUUUACUCAUGACAAUAAGGGAACAUGUGUGUUCCAGCGCACCAUGCGGCUUGGUUCCAGCAAGCCCGAUUUAAUCGACCAAUUCACAGCUGGAUGGGAUAAUGAGAAGAUCAAGAAAUGGCGGUCAUUGAAUACAUGUGAAAGCCCCCAAUGGAUGAAGCCAAGCUUGACACGCAUUUUCUGA